AAUAAUGCGCGAUCGGGGGCUCUCCUGCGGUCGCAAUUUCUCGCGCGUUGGUAUUAAAAAAGCGCGAUCAGGGGCUCUCCGGAAAGUUGUUCGUUCGAAAGAUAUCUUCGAAAUUUGUGGGUUGACACGGCGCAAAAUUUCCACAAUGCUACGAAUUACGGUUCAGUAUUUAGUCGUUGGUCGAAAGAGGGAAGAAACGAAACAGUUGUUACCGCACUAUUACAAGGAUCUUUCGUUUUGCAGCCAUUGAUUGAUUCGAAGGAAUACUGUAGUGGUGCCGCACCUGGACAAAACAGAAGCGAAAAGGAAGCGAAAGCGACCGAUGCCCAAGGUACCCACGUGAAGAAAACGAUGGCGGAGAGGGCAAUUUCGAUUUCAUCCACGUCGAUGCCGUUGAGCAGAAGCAAGAAGCGCCAGAGACUCCCGAGGAUUCGCGGUGCCCUUCGCUUCGUGCCACUGAUCUUUGUCGCGGUGUUCCAGCAGGAGGCAGCUACUAAAGCCUUCGUAGCCACUGCCUUCCGGCCUCCGGGCACCACGGCAAAGUUUCCUUUCCAUCGCCACUGUACCGGUAGCCAUGUCUUGUCCAUUCCCGAAGCCGACGCCCUGGACGACGAUUGCAAGGAGCGUAUUGCCGGCCACAUAAUCGAAUCGGGAAUAUGGAAGGGCAAGACCGACGAUCCGUCGUCUUCCGACCAGUUGCUCCUGCUGGCGAGAGAUUUCGUGGACAGGCCGGAAGUCUUUUCGUCUCUGCUCAUGUCGGACUUUGGGUUCCCCGCCCUCGUUGCCCAUCAAACAAGGGCACUGGCAAUGGCGGCCAUCCGGAGAGAACAAGCCGAGGUGCGCAGGGAAGCAGAGCUGGUGGAGCCACAGAACACGCAAGACUCCGGAGAUGCUUCCCGGACGUCGAACGACUCGGAGGCCGUGGCAAACCCCGGGGUCACCGACCACCGAGACGGUGUGGUCGGCGCGCGCCAUUCCAUCGGCGGGGAGCCGGCAGCGGACGAAAAGGCGGGGGUUGCGGCCAAACGAUUCUCCCACAGCGAGCUCCAGUCGUCGGUCGUGAACGAACGAGCGCGGCGCCGGAUGCGUUCUCUCGAGGACUACAACUACGGCCUGCCGAGCGAUUACGCGAAAGUGUAUCCGAAGCUGGCAUCGGAACUGGACGAGUAUUAUACCUUCAUGACACAGCCGUCGACAUACUCCCAGGAAAGCCCCAUCCGAGACGCAACCGCGAAGGUCUACAUGAACCACGCGAAGCUCUUUCUGGGGUGGUGCUGCCGGAAGACGGAGGGCAACCGGGACGAGACCGAGGCCUCCGAUGCAUCGCUGUUCGCCCUGAUACCCAACAAAGACAAGGAGUCCGCCGACCACAUCAUUCGGUUCGUCCUGUGGUUGCGUUCCAGGGAGAUCAGUGUGUCCUACGAGGCCAACCUGCUGAGGGGGAUCAUCAAGCUGCUAAAAUUCCGCUUUGCCAGGGAAUCCAAUUCGGACCCCCUGGAGGGGCAGAACACCUUUGACGACAUCCCUCUCAUCCGGGAGGUCCGCAAGCUCCACCGGGAUGCCAACCAGCGCCAGCGGCUGGCACCGAGGUCGAGCGACGAAACCAAGAAAUGGAUAACCUGGAAGGACUAUCUGGAGGUGGUCCGGAAGGUCAAGAACGAGGUCCUGGAGCUCAUCGAGGGCUACGAAAACCUGCCGGCCUCGGAACGAACCUACCCAGGGGGCGAGAAAGAGGGCCUCUACAGCAGGCAGCAAAAGAAGGUGGCGGAGGCCUACCAGCGGUACCUGAUCCUGGCCAUCCUGGCGAGCAUCCCCGACCGGCAGCGGACCCUCCGGGAGCUGGAGGUCGGGAGGACCCUUGCAAAGGACCCCGAGACGGGCUGCUGGACGGUCAAGCACGGGCCCGGCGACUACAAGACGGGGAAGCACUACGGGGAACGGCCGGCGAUGCAGCUGGCGGAGGAGCUUACCCCCGCGAUCGACGACUUUCUCGCGCGCUGGCGGCCGGCCCUGGAGCCGUCCACGGGGUUGCUCCUGGUCCAGGCCCGGACGGGCAAGCCGAUGACGAGCAACUCGGUCUUCAAACGGGUCGUCCGGUGCUGCUUCCAGCACACCGGGAAGAAGGCGAACCCGCACCUGCUCCGGGACAUUCUCGUGACGCACGUCCGCGAGACGGAGGCCUCCGAAAAGGAGCUGGAGGCCCUGGCCCUGUACAUGGGCCACUCGAUCCAGAUGCAGCGGACCUCCUACGACCGGAGGACCCUGGGCGCCAAGGUGGCCCCCGCCGUCGAGCUGAUGCGGUCGGUGAACGGAAGCCCAGGGGGCCGGGCCCCUCCGAGGCUCGCCGGCUAGCACAGGACCAGAGCCCGUUUCCGAACGGCGCGGCGGAAGUGCACACA